GGCCCGGCCAAUGAGGGGAGCCCUCCGGGCGAGCGGGAGUUUGGCGCGGAAGCGGAGAGAGAGCGACCAGGCGGCGGCCAUGGGGGGGUCGCGGGAUCGAGAGAUCCGCCAGCUCCAGAAGGACAAGGAGAAAGCCCAGCGGAAGGGGGACCUGAAGGAGGAAGCAGCCCUCUGUAACCAGCUGGGAGGGAUCCUGGCUCGUCAUGGGCGCUUUGAGGAGGCUUUGGACGAGCACCGGCAAGAGCUGCGUCUCCUGGAGAGUGUUGAGGAUGCCAUCGGCUGUGCUGUGGCCCACCGGAAAAUUGGGGAGUGCCUGGCUGAGCUGGAGAGUUAUGAAGCAGCACUGAAGCACCAGCGCCGUCACCUGGAUCUGGCCCGCUCCCUCUCCGACCCCAUUGAGCAGCAGAGGGCCUGGGCCACCAUUGGCCGCACGUACAUGUUCAUGGCGGAAAGCGACCCCUCGAGCGAGGCCCUGCAGGAGGCGGAGAAAGCCUUCAUGACCAGCCUGCAGGUGUUGGAGGAGCAGCUGGAAGGGGAAGUGCCACAGCGGGAGGCCAGCGAGAUGAGGGCGCGACUCUACCUGAACCUGGGCUUGGUCUACGACAGCCUGAAGAACCCGGCCAAGCAUGCCUACUACAUCAAAAAGAGCAUCUACAUCUCUGAGCAGGCUCAACUGUAUGAAGACCUCUACCGGGCCUACUUCAACCUGGGCAACAUCCACCUGCGGGAGGGGGAGCAUUCGAAGGCCAUGCGCUGCCUGGAGAGGGCACGGGAGUGCGCCUGCAAGAUGAAGGAGAAGUACAUGGAGAGCGAGUGUUGUGCGAGCAUUGCCCAGGUGCUGCUGAGCCUCGGAGACUUUGUGGCAGCCAAGCGCUCCCUGAAGAAGGCCUAUCGCCUGGGCUCCCAGCAGCCGCCACAGCGGGAGAGCAUUUGCCGCAGCCUGCGCUACGCCAUGAAGGUGAGCCGCCUGCAGCAGGAGCUGGAAGAAGCAGAGGCAGCCGGCAGCCUGCGAGAGGCCCUCGGGCUUUGCGAGCAGCUGGGCGACCUGUUCUCCAAGGCGGGGGAUUAUCGCCGGUCUGUGGAAGCCUACGAGAAGCAGCUGUGCCACGCUCGGUCUCUGAAGCGCCCAGAGCAAGAGCUGGCUGUGAUCCACGUUUCCUUGGCCGCUACAUUUGGAGACCUGAAGGACCAUGCCCAGGCCAUAAAGCACUACCAGGCCGAACUGGACCUGCGGAAGGGGAACCCCCUGGAGGAGGGGAAGACGUGGCUGAACAUCGCCCUCUCCAAGGAGGAGGCCAAAGAGAGCUACGACGAGCUGCAGAGAUGUUUUCAGACGGCGCUCUCCUACGCAGAGGAGGCCUGCGACGCCAAGCUGCAGCGCCAGGUCCUGCAGCACUUCCACGCCUGCCAGCAGAGGUGCAGCCGCCCCGAGGCGUCGAGCACGCACGCCAGGCUGCAGGAGCUCUGUGGCUCUCGGGGCUGGCGCUCCAAUGGGGAGAUCAGUGAGGAAGAGGACGAAGAGGAGGAGGCCCAGGCCAGUGAGCCCUUGGAAGAGAGCGACCUGGAGCUCUCCGAUAGCGGCGGAGAGGACGACCUGGAGGGCUACAACAAGACGGUCCCUGGACGCCGCAGGCUCAACAAGUGGAACCAGCGGAACGAGCGUGGGGAGACUUUGCUGCACCGCGCCUGCAUCGAUGGGAACCUGCGCCAGGUGCAGUUCUGUGUGGAGAAGGGUCACCCUCUCAACCCUCGGGAUUAUUGCGGCUGGACCCCUCUGCACGAGGCUUGCAACCACGGCCAUCUGGAGAUUGUGCGUUUUCUCCUGGACCACAAUGCCGCCAUUGACGACCCGGGGGGACCUGGAUGUGAGGGCAUCACCCCCUUACACGACGCCCUCAACUGCGGCCACUUUGACGUGGCUGAGCUCCUGAUCCACAGGGGGGCGUCUGUGGUGCUGCGGAACGCCAAGGGCCUGACCCCGCUGGGCACCCUCCAGGCAUGGGUGCAUCUCUACGGCAGGGACCUGGACCGAGAAACUCGCCAGCACUGCCAGGCCAUGGAGGGCCUGCUCAAGAAAGCUAUGGCAGGCCGAGGAUCCAAGGCUCAGCCUCCCCGAGAGCCGCCGGGCAGCCAGCUGUUUGACGCAGAGCUCUCCGAGUCCCCGCAAGCCCCCUGCCCUCUGGAUCCUGCCACAAAAUCCCCCAGUCCCCGGAGGGAGCCCGAGGAGGACGACACAAUGAGCCCCCUGAGGCCGGUCAAGAAGAAACAGCGGCUGUUUGGCCAGGACCUAGAGAGGGAGGCCAGGCCGGCUGCCCCUGCCGAGUACCGGGCUGCCAUUCGCGGGGUGGGCAGAGCCAAGCCCUGCCUCCUGCCCAGCCCUGAACGGCCCAAGUCUUCCGCUGGGCCUGCCCUGAUCCCCCCGGAGGAGUACGUGGGAGACGAUUGGCUGGAAGACGACCUGGGGCAGAACCUCGCUUCCCGCAAAAGGAGCCGCCAGAGCCCAGAAAACGAGUCUGGGACCGAGUCGGAGGAGAGCCUGGGGGGCGAGAGCGACGGGGGGCUUCCCCGCCAGCCCCCCGAGGCCACCAAGAAGAGGAGGAGGGUCCGGCAGAGUCGCCUCACCCAUAUUGUCGACAGGACUCCGCUGGGACGACUCCGAGGGGCCGGCGUGGUGGUGGUGGCGGAGAGCCCAGAGUGUGCGGCAGAUCCCAGCAUCCUCCAGGGGGCAGGAGGCAACAGCCACAUCAAUGGGGGGUCCCCUGGGGGUGGGGAGAGGCCCCCCUUGGCACCAACACAUCUCCCUGCUCCCCCACCCCCGAUCCGGGUGCGAGUUCGGGUGCAAGACAACGUCUUCCUCAUCCCCGUGCCCCACAGCGAGAGUCGCCCUGUGUCAUGGCUGGCGGAUCAGGCCUCCCAGCGCUACUACCAGACCUGCGGGCUCCUGCCACGCCUGACCCUGAAGAAGGAGGGGGCCCUCCUGGCCCCCCAGGACUGCAUCGUGGAUGUUUUGCAGAGCAACGAAGAGGUCUUGGCCGAAGUGCAGUCCUGGGACCUGCCCCCCCUUGUGGCGAGAUACCGCAAGGCCUGCCAGAGCCUGGCUGUGGGGGAGCACCGGUUACUCCUGCAGCUGCUGGAGUGCCAGGAGUCGGGUCCAUCCUUCAAUGUCCCAGGCUUGGCCCUGCGCCACCUCCACCUGACGCCUCUCCUCCGUGCCCUCAAGCUGCAGACCUCCAUCCGGCGCCUGUGCCUCCCUGGGGCAGGCCUGGGCGACGACUCGGCGGAAGAGCUGCUGGCCACCGUCGCCACCCUCCCUGGCCUGCAGGCGCUGGACCUCUCGGCCAACCGGCUGGGCCCCCAAGGGCUGCGCAGGCUGACCGCAGGACUUCCCGGCUCCGUCACUUUCCAGAACCUGGAGGAGCUGGACCUCGGCCUGAACCCCUUGGGUGACGGCAGCACCCAGCCCCUUGCCUCCCUGGUCCAGGCCUGCCCGGUCCUGAGCACGCUCAGGCUGCAAGCCUGCGGCUUCACCACCGCCUUCCUGCAGCACUACCGCCUCCUGCUGGCCAAUGCCCUGAAAGGAGCCGUGCACCUCAGGCGCCUGGCCGUGUCCCACAAUGCCCUGGGCUCCUCUGCCCUUGAGCUGCUCCUGAAGAGCCUGCCCUCCGAGACUCUCACCCACCUGGACAUCAGCUCAGUGGGCGCCAGGCCAGGGGAUCAGCAGCCUCUGCAGGACGCAGUGGCCAGGUACCUGGCGCAGGAAGGCUGUGCUCUCAACCACCUGGCUCUCUCUGGGAAUCACCUCGGCGAUGGCGCUGUUGCAGAGCUGGCUAGGCACCUCCCUACCUGCCUGCCUUUAGUCUCGCUGGAUUUGUCAGCAAAUCCCGAAAUCGGCAUUGUUGGUCUUCGGACGCUGCUGCUUGCCCUCGAGGAAAGGAAUCGGGGCCUCCAGUUCCUCAGCUUGGCUGGCUGCUCUGUGAGGGGGCCGCUGGACAGCGUGACAUGGACAAAGCUCUCCUCGAACGUGUCCCAGCUGCAGCUCUGCACUCGCCAUCUGAGCAGGAGUGACCAGCAGGACGUGGCGGAGCUGUGGCGUGGUCCAGCGGGCACCUCCCUCCGCUCAGUCACACGGCAUCACAAACUCUUCUGUCACUGCCUGUAGGGUGCCAUGCUUCUCCCCUACGUACUGUAGGCCUCGCCCGUGAAGCCGCCUCUGGAACGCUUUGCAGGCGCUGGCUCCCAGUGUCUGGGAUUGUGCUGCUCGAUGCGGCCGUGGACUUAAAAGCCAGAUCCUGGGCUCCUGUAAGCUGACACGGUCCAGGGCCACAGAUGGACCAGGUGAGUGCCAGGGGGGCCUGUCCUCUCUCUCAAGGGAUGUCAAGAAGGGAGAUAGCUUGGCAUUGCGCUGCUUAGGGUGGGACUAGACACCUGCCCGGCACAGGUGCGCCCAGAGCUCCAAUAGGACCAACUCAAUACUGCCAUUAUGAAUUACAGCACACUUUAUAUUCUGAGUUUGGUGUGGUGGCUGAGAAAAAGGAAUAUUGGUAUGGAAAAAGCGUCUGCCUUUGUCCUGCUCUAAAGGUCUUCUGCUCUUUCCCCCCUUGUGCUGCCCAGCAGUUCUGUGAUGUGAUUUCCAAUAUUUAUUGAAUGCCUCGCAACCCAAAGAUGCUGUAUCGUCCCUCGUCUCGUCUGUCCUGUGU